AUGGCUGAGUCAACGAUCGAAGCAAGGAUAGUUCGUUGUCCCAAGUGCCAAAAUCUCUUACAAGAACCUAAAGAUUGUUCUUUUUUCAAGUGUGGUGGUUGUGGAACCAUUCUUUGCGCCAAAAACAAGGACCGUGAUGCAGAUUCAGUGUCGUCGGUUAAGUCCGUGGAACAUAGAGCCAAAGAAACUGAAGUUAACUCUGGUUCAAGUGAAGAAGAAGAAUCUGAAUCGGAUACUUCAUUAAAACACCAACAAAAAGGUCGAACAGAGAAUUGGGAUGUUCAGAGUGAUCCUUGUUCGAGACCGGAUGCUGUCGAUUUGGGUAAUAAGAACGAUUCUCGAUCGGGUUUGGAUCGGUUUAGGAAAAGAACAAUGAAGAAAUGCGAUUCCGAGGGUUUCCGAUUCUCAACUUCUAACUACUUUUCAGAUGCUCUGUCUAGUGAUGAAGCAAUCGAACAAGAUAGAGCUGCACUGGUGAGAAAAUUGGAUAAGCUUAAAGAACAGCUUCUUAAACCUAAAGAGCAGAUACCGAGUUCGUCUUCAGGGUUCGAAAAGGUUCCAUUGCGGUUUCCAAGUUCUGGGAAACACGUUGCAGGUCCAUCCUAUUACCAUCAAUAUCCAGAACCUGAACCUCCAUGUCCUUAUAACAAUAACCUUGAAGUUCCUCUGCGUGGUCUGAUGCAUAACCCUGAUGUUCCAGCUUAUGGAGACGCUCCCAGGGCCCGGAUGCACGAAAGAACAAUGCAGCCAUCUCAUCCGCACUACUCUAGACAGUAUGUUGGUAAUAACGGUCAUGAUUUGUUCGAUGCACACCCGCGAAAUGAGAUGUUUCACCAAUCAACUUGCUCUUGUUUCCACUGCUAUGAUCCAUAUCAUAGAGCUUCUGGUUCAGUGUUUCCUCCCUCAGGGUUGCCUGAUGUUCUGCAUCACACCGGUUUUUCCUCUCAUGAGAGAGGUAUUGGGUUUGGUUCUUCAUUGCAUAGCCCUAGAACCUUUAUUCCUCCUCCUGGUUCUAAAUCUCGUGGUCCACAGCUCUAUGGAAGAUGCCGAGGUGAAUUUGGGGAUGCACAUAUGAAUGCUAUUUCUCGUAUUCAUCCCCCUAUAACUGUAUCAUCUUCAGGUGGUUCUCGCAUAAUCCACCCGUUCGCUGGUGGUGCACCAUUUAUAACCUGUAAAAACUGCGUCAAACUUCUGAAAUUGCCAGACAAGAUAGAUUCCGCUACGAGAAAGCAAAAGAGACUGCGCUGCGGUAAUUGCUCUUGUUUGAUAGAUUUUUCCUUUGUUGAUAAGAAACUCGUCCUCUCUACCGAUCCUGCUUCAGCAAGAAAAACAGAAACUCAAACUAAGCUGCACUGGAUAACUGCAACUAACUUCUCUUCUGAUGAGAAUGAUAAUGCUGCUUACAACUUCCAUUCUAUGGAUACUGGACUAAGUGAUGUAGAAACUGGUCCGCCUUUCAACUCAGACAAAGCUCAAGAGAUGCAGAUCCCGGAAUUUACUUCUCCUAACAUUACUGAAGACGAGCUUAGUUCAGACAGUCCAACAGUUAGGACACUUACUCCAGAUUUGCAUCUUCACAAAGACUUUGAUUACUCUUCGAUCAAUGUAAGGGACCGGUCUGGGCCAAGGAGCCGAAGCUCUCGUUUAGAACAGGACAGGGUCACACUGAGCAAAACAGCCACGAGACAGAACUCUAUGAGAGAAGCUUUAGUUGCAAUUGAGAUGGACGUUAAUGACUACUCUCACAACAGUGAAGUGUCUCAAGAUUCUGCAAAUGAGAAUAGAGAGGAGCAGGGACGAACUAAGAAGAGUGGAUUUGCGAGUAUCGUGAAGAAUAGCUUCAAGGAUCUGAAGAAGUCCAUACAGCACGAAGGCAGAAGUGAUGUAUCGGUAAAUGGGAAUCCUGUAGCUGAACGUCUGGUGAAAAUGGCAGAGAAGCAGGCUGGACCAAUUCGGCCAGGAAACUACUGGUACGACUACAGAGCUGGAUUCUGGGGAGUAAUGGGAGGUCAAUGCCUUGGAAUAUUACCGCCUUUCAUUGAAGAGCUUAAUUACCCAAUGCCAGCGAAUUGCGCAGGCGGAACCACAAGCGUCUUUGUGAACGGAAGAGAGCUUCACCAGAAAGACCUGCGUUUGCUCACUGCAAGAGGUCUCCCAAGGGACAGAGACCGGUCCUACACAGUUUACAUCUCAGGUAGAGUCAUAGACGAAGACACCGGUGAAGAGCUAGAUAGUCUUGGCAAACUUGCCCCAACGGUCGAUAAGCUGAAACGAGGAUUUGGGAUGAGAGUUCCAAGGAGGGCUGCAUAA